GAUACAAUUAUCUAGCCAGACAGAGUUCACUACGCUGGCGUAGAAGUAGUGUUUGGGGAGGAGUGUGUGUGUGUAAGAAAUCGUUGCAGUAUCAUACCAAACAGCACUUUUUUUCGUUUGGCUUUCCAGGGUAUGUUAAGUUUGAUAAGGUGAUGGAAAAGAGACAAGAGAAGUUUUUGAGAGAGAGCAAGUCCUCACUUGCAACUUUAAACCACAAAAACAUUAAUCUGGUGCGUUUCUGUAGAGAGGAAUCUUCUAGAAAGCUAUUCGUACUGGAAGAUGGUGGCUAUCGCAAGCCAGGAGCUCUUGUGAAAGCUAGCAGUCUGUCUCCAAAAGAGGAGGAUACUUCCAACAGUGUCUUGCCAGGGGUGCCAGACGGCAGCAGUGACAGACAGGCUCUAUCUGGACAUACUUCGUCAGCCUGCGUAUCAGCAUCAGCAAUGAAGCACAAGUUUGCCUUUGACAAUAUUAGCUUUGAGGCGGACUCAGAACAUCUAUCUUCUCUUCAUUCUCAAGUCAACACUGUUACAGUCGAUAUUUUGGGUAUCACUUGCCAAGCAUGUGUACAUUCCAUAGAGGGCAGAAUUUCCAAGAUAAAAGGCAUUGUGAACAUCACGGUGUCUCUUGAGCAAAGUAAUGCUAUCAUAAAAUAUUUGGGGCCGGAAAUAAGUCCCCAUCAAAUCUGUGAGGAAAUCAAGGACAUGGGAUUUGAUGCCAGUAUUGCAGACACAACACAGUCAUUGGGGCAAUGGACUGGCGAAGCUUUUGUUAAGAUCAAAAUAGAAGGUAUGACUUGCCAGUCUUGUGUCAACACCAUUGAAGAAAAGAUUGGAAAACUCCAUGGUGUGAAGAAAAUCAAAGUGGCCCUCAACAACCAGGAGGCCACCAUUGCUUAUCAUCCACUCAUAAUAAAGCCCGAAGAACUAAAGAAUAACAUAGACAGCCUGGGAUAUGAAAGCAUAAUUAAGAAGAAGCAAGCCCCGUUGAAGCUUAGCUUGAUCGACACAGAACGCUUACGGCAGAUAGAUAUAAGAAUGCCUGGUGGACUUGAGCGUGAUAGAGAAACAAUGGAAAAUAACAUAAGCAGCACAUUUGUCGCUGUGCUGGAUGUGGAAGGGAUGCAUUGCCAAUCCUGUGUCAACACCAUUGAAAGUUCAGUCUCUGAUAUGCCUGGGGUACACUCUAUUAAAGUGUCCUUGGAACAGAGAAAUGCUAUUGUGUGGUUUGAUGAGAACCUGAUCACUCCAUCCUCAUUGCAGCAAGCCAUCCAAGCCCUCCCCCCUGGUAACUUUAAAGUAUCCUUUUCUAGUGGAGUGGAGGGCCAAAGUGGACUAAUCUCAAAUAUGGCGUCGUCUUUGCCUUGUUUGCUUAGCAACCCUUCCCAAGUACAGCUGCAGAGUGAAUCCAGUAUAACUGUAAUUCAGAUUGAAGGAAUGACAUGCAAUUCCUGUGUAAAAUCCAUUGAAAGCUCUAUAUCCCAAAGGAAAGGGGUGGUGCAUAUAUCUGUGUCUUUAACUGGAGGAACUGCUGUUAUAUCCUACAGUUCUAUUGUAACGAACUCUGAAGAGCUGAGAGCUGCUAUAGAAGACAUGGGAUUUGACGCUUCUGUCCUAACAGAUACCACCAUUGAGAAGCCUUUUGAUGGAGAUAUAAAACUCAGUGUGUCAGCCUCCACUUCCUUGAGAAGUGAAGCUGUCUCAGAGUUGCGCAGAGAUGUUUUAUUCCAGAAAAAGGACUUUCGUCAUGACCCACCAAAGCUAUCCGACGUAGGAAAAACAGAAAAAUGUUUUAUGCUAGUUACGGGCAUGACAUGUGCAUCAUGUGUAUCAAGCAUUGAGAAGAAUCUCCAAAAAGAAGAUGGAAUAGUAUCUGUCCUUGUUGCCUUGAUGGCAGGGAAAGUUGAAGUAAAAUAUAAACCAGACAAAAUUCAGCCUCUUGAAAUAACCCAAUUGAUUGAGAACUUGGGUUUUGGAGCUUCAGUCAUACAAGAUUACCCUGGUGCAGAUGGCAAUGUAGAUCUUAAGGUCCUAGGGAUGACCUGUGCCUCAUGUGUCCAUAACAUUGAGUCCAAACUUAUCCAGACACCUGGCAUUCUUUAUGCGUGUGUAGUUCUGGCUACGUCCAAAGCUCAUGUCCGCUUUGACCCUGAAGUUGUUGGUCCUCGAGACAUUAUAAAAAUAAUUGAGGGACUUGGCUUUCAAGCAUCUUUGGCUAAAAGAGACCCAAAGGAUCAUAAUUUGGAUCACAAACAGGAGAUCCAGCAAUGGAAGAAAUCGUUCUUAUGCAGCCUGCUAUUCGGUGUCCCUGUUUUGAUCUUAAUGAUUUACAUGUUAAUACCUGCUGCUGAGCAUCAUGGAUCAAUGGUGCUGGAGCAAAACUUGAUUCCUGGAUUAUCUAUUCUAAACCUUCUCUUCUUUGUCCUUUGCACUUUGGUUCAGUUCCUUGGUGGAUGGUACUUCUAUGUCCAAGCCUACAAGUCACUGAAGCACAAGAUGGCCAACAUGGAUGUCCUCAUAGUGCUGGCCACGUCUAUAGCGUAUAUCUACUCGUGCGUCAUUUUGAUGGUCGCCGUAGCUGAAAAGGCCGAGCAGAGCCCCGUCACCUUUUUUGACACUCCUCCAAUGCUGUUUGUGUUCAUUGCUCUUGGGCGAUGGCUGGAACACAUAGCAAAGAGUAAAACUUCAGAGGCGCUUGCCAAAUUAAUCUCUCUUCAAGCAACAGAAGCUGUUGUAGUUACACUUGGACCUGAGCACAGCAUCAUCAGAGAGGAACAAGUGCCUGUUGAACUGGUUCAACGUGGAGAUGUCGUAAAGGUGGUUCCUGGUGGGAAAUUCCCAGUUGAUGGAAAAGUAAUUGAAGGCAACUCCAUGGCAGACGAAUCCCUCAUUACCGGGGAAGCCAUGCCUGUCACUAAGAAACCUGGCAGCACAGUCAUCGCAGGCUCCCUCAAUGCUCAUGGUUCAGUGCUUGUAAAUGCCACUCACGUUGGCUCUGAUACCACCCUGGCACAAAUUGUGAAACUAGUAGAAGAAGCUCAGAUGUCAAAGGCACCCAUUCAGCAGCUGGCCGACAAAUUUAGUGGCUAUUUUGUCCCUUUCAUUGUUAUCAUUUCAACUGCAACACUGGUAACAUGGAUCAUAAUUGGAUUUCUUCACUUUGAUGUUGUACAGAAAUACUUUCCGCAUCACAGUAAACACAUCUCAAGAGCAGAGGUUAUCCUACGAUUUGCCUUUCAAACCUCCAUCACAGUGCUGUGCAUUGCAUGCCCUUGUUCCUUGGGUCUGGCUACCCCCACAGCUGUGAUGGUGGGCACUGGAGUUGCUGCUCAGAAUGGUAUUCUCAUCAAAGGUGGGAAACCCCUGGAAAUGGCACACAAGGUAAAGACUGUGAUGUUUGAUAAAACAGGGACCAUCACCUAUGGCGUCCCUCAAGUCAUGAGAGUCCUCUUGCUAGGAGACACGGCAGCAACCCUCUCUCUGAAGAAGUUGCUUGCUGUUGUUGGCACUGCAGAAGCUAGCAGUGAGCAUCCUUUAGGAAUGGCUGUCACUCGAUAUUGCAAAGAGGAGCUUGGCACAGAGACCUUAGGGUACUGCAAAGAUUUCCAGGCAGUUCCUGGAUGUGGAAUAAGCUGUAAUGUUGGUAGCCUAGGCGCUGUGCUGGGUGAGACUGAGCAGCACUUGAACGACCCCAACCCUCCUUACCUGGGUGAUGCUGAAAAAGAUGCUACAGGUGAGAGUUCACAGGCUCUAAUCUCAAAAUCGGCAGAUGCAGCAGCGUCUCCGACUUACUCAGUGUUGAUUGGGAAUCGGGAAUGGAUGAGACGGAACGGCUUGCAUAUCUCCAACGACGUUCACGAAGCCAUGACCGGCCAUGAAAUGAAAGGACAUACAGCUAUACUUGUGGCUGUGGAUGGUGUACUUCGUGGCAUGAUUGCGAUAGCAGACGCAGUCAAACCAGAAGCAGCUUUAGCUAUGCACACAUUACAAAAUAUGGGUGUGGAUGUGGUGCUUAUUACAGGAGACAACCGAAAAACGGCCAAAGCAAUUGCUACUCAGGUUGGGAUCAAGAAAGUCUUUGCUGAGGUUCUGCCUUCUCACAAAGUAGCCAAGGUCCAGGAACUCCAGACAUCCGGCAGAAGAGUGGCCAUGGUUGGAGAUGGGGUCAACGACUCACCGGCAUUGGCAAGGGCUGAUGUCGGCAUCGCUAUUGGAACUGGCACUGAUGUUGCCAUCGAAGCAGCAGAUGUUGUCCUAAUUCGAAAUGACUUACUGGAUGUGGUCGCAAGUAUUCAUCUGUCCAAGAGGACAGUGAAAAGAAUAUGGCUAAAUCUAAUCCUGGCCUUAAUAUACAAUCUCCUUGGCAUUCCCAUAGCAGCAGGAGCAUUUAUGCCUAUUGGAAUUGUGCUGCAGCCGUGGAUGGGGUCAGCAGCAAUGGCAGCAUCUUCAGUAUCGGUAUUGCUCUCUUCCCUGCAGCUCAAAUGCUACAAAAAACCAGACAUGGAAAGCUAUGAAGCUCAAGCUCAGGGCUGCAUGAAGCCACUGACGCCUUCCCAAGUCAGUGUCCAUAUUGGAAUGGAUGACAAACGACGAGGCCCUCACAAAUCAAGGGCUUGGGAUGAUACCAGUCAAGUAUCCCUUCGUUCCCUGACUUCAGACAAACUACCAAGACACGUUGGGAAUCCUCUAGGGAAUGAAGCAGACAAGUGGUCGCUGCUGACAAACAGUCAAGAUGAAGACCAGUAUAUUUAAGCAUGCCGUACUCUGCAGCAGAUCUACAAUGUUCAGGGGUGGGGCUUCAUGACCGUGUGGUUCUUUCACCAAGAGAGGCAUAGGAUUCUUGGGUUCUCUAGUAUGUAUGUGAAUGUUUGGUACUCUGAUUAGAAUGGAGGAGACUGCCUUGACCGGAUCUGGGUGACUUAGCUGCCUCUUAGUGCUCUAGACUAAGGCAUGGCCUAAUCAAAACAUGAACAUCAAGGAACAGGCCUGGGGCAAAAAGUUUUCCGGACUUUGCAUCUAGGGACCAAACGCUAUGCAGCAAUGUUUUACACGGACUCGUUUUAGACGUUGAAACCUUGCACACGAUCACAGAAAAUGGAGACACAGCAUUCGUGCUUUCUAUCUGAGGCCAGAAUAUUGCUGGGUGCAAUAUUACAACUGGAUUUCUUAUAAGGAUAGUGGGCAAAGUGUAUGCUUGAGAUGACCGAUCAGGAUGGUUCUACUUCUCAAUACACCUCCAUAGCAUUACGUGAAGAUGGAAUGAUUGGGAGCCAAGACGAAGGCCCCUCACGUACUUAAUUAGGGGUUAGGGAGUAUUUUAGAAACAGAAUGUAGUUGUUGUUUUCAAUAUAGGCUGCACUUUCGGGUUUUUUACUUUGCUACUUUCUCUUGUACAAGGGCAAAUAAAGAUGGAGGUGCAAAGCUUUCUGCCCACCCAUCUCAUGCCUCAUUGACUGCAAUGCUGAAUCCAUUUUACCAGUGCAUCAGAACUUGCCUGCACACGUUUGGUUUUUAGAUCCCGAGUUCCAUAUUUAACCCGUGUCCUGCAGAAAUGGGAAUGUUUCAUGAAGAUGGAUGUUUCAUGAAUGUUUCUUGGGGGAUAUUAUUUUAAACCCUUUAUUCACUAUACCAGUGAAUUAGCAGAGUAACAGCGGUUCUUAACUAUGAAGUUCAGCAAAGACCAAAUUAACUUCAAGACAGAGUCUGUUUUGUUUGGUACAAAAAUAAAGUAUUUUACUGAUAGAAAUAA